CCAUCAAAAUCAAACCGCGUUUACAAGGAUUUGGUAAUCGAACUCUUUCUCAUGGUUUUGUUUGUGGGUACGACUCUUCCCCCCACUUCUAUGGCCUAUCUGGCCGCUCUCACAACCCGAGUUCAUCUUCCAACCUCCUCAUUUUCGAUUACCAGGAAAGGGUUUUCUGCGUUUCGACAUAUCGCCCGACCUCUCCUUCAAUCCGUUUCUGGUGGCGACAUUGGACAGCCGUUAUCUGCCAAUGAAUCAGAAAUUAUAUUUACAGGUUCGGGUACCAGCGAAGGAAUCCCACGAGUCAGCUGCCUGACUGAUCCUGUAAAGAAAUGUCCGGUAUGCUUCAAAGCUGCAGAACCGGGCAAUAAAAACAGGAGGCUUAAUACCGGUAUCCUAGUUCGAUAUGCUGGAUCUUCUGGAACUCGUAACAUUCUUAUCGACGUUGGGAAGUUUUUCUACCACAGCGCUCUCCAAUGGUUUCCAACAUUCGGGAUAAGAACAAUUGAUGCGGUUAUUAUUACUCAUUCUCAUGCUGAUGCAAUUGGAGGUCUAGACGAUCUUCGUGAUUGGACAAACAAUGUCCAGCCUUCCAUUCCAAUUUAUGUGGCUCAACGUGAUUUUGAGGUGAUGAAGAAGACUCACUAUUAUUUGGUAGACACAAGUGUGAUCGCACCUGGUGCUGCAGUUUCAGACUUGCAGUUCAAUAUCAUACCUGAGGAGCCUUUUGUAGUCAGCGGUUUGAAGGUUACACCGUUACCAGUUUGGCAUGGUCGUGGCUAUCGUUCGUUGGGUUUUCGAUUUGGGAAUGUUUGUUACAUUAGUGAUGUUAGUGAAAUACCUGAAGAAACUUACCCACUUUUGAAAGAUUGUGAAAUUCUCAUAAUGGAUGCGUUACGCCCGGAUCGAUCUUCUUCCACCCACUUCGGGCUUCCAAGAGCUUUAGAGGAAGUAAGGAAAAUACAACCCAAGAGAACUUUAUUCACUGGUAUGAUGCAUUUAAUGGAUCAUGAUGAAGUAAAUGGAUAUCUGUUGAAGCUGAAGGAGAGUGAAGGUGUUGAUGCUCAACUAAGCUACGAUGGGCUUCGAAUAUCAGUAACUCUCUGACCUUCAUAUUAACAUUUUAUUACUUUUUGCAUUUUGCCCCAUUCAUUGUUUCACUAAUUUUAACCAUAUCAAUAAAAUGAUAUUCACCUAUAUAACAUACAAAUACAGGAUUCUCUAAACCCAUGACCUCCUCUUUGUUCUGACUUUCUUAUGGUUUUCUAGCCCUUCUAUUCUGUAAUUUUCAUUAUAUUGACACCAUUGCUUUGGUUGGGGUGAAUUUUGUAUGACUUUUGUUCACUCUUCUGAGGCUCAUAACUUUUGGUGUCUGGUUA